UAUAAAAACAGAAGAGCGUUAACCGGCAGUGACGAGUAGUCGUUGAACGGAGAGGGGCCGGUAAAUGAAGAAAACAUACUCAAAGUUAUAAAAUACACCGGAGAUUGGUUUUCCCAUCUUCCAUCCAUUCUGAUAGUGUCUUCUUGUGACGACCAGACUCAAAACAAUUGAUUAUUGACUGCUCCAAAGACGGAGAGUGCCCUCUCGACGACCAGAAGAUCACAGAGCCGUGGUACAAGUCAACCGGAGAGUGCGAAGAUCAGUGUGUGGCCUCAGUGAGUGAGCAGCCUUCCCUAUGUGUGUGACAAUGGGAGACAUCAGUGACUUGGACCGACAGAUUGAACAGCUGCGACGCUGUGAACUUAUUAAGGAAAACGAAGUGAAAGCACUUUGUGCCAAAGCCAGAGAGAUUCUAGUUGAAGAAAGCAAUGUCCAGAGAGUUGACUCUCCUGUAACGGUCUGCGGUGAUAUACAUGGUCAGUUCUAUGACUUGAAGGAGCUUUUUAGGGUUGGUGGAGAUGUCCCGGAGACAAAUUACCUCUUCAUGGGAGACUUUGUAGACAGGGGUUUCUACAGUGUGGAAACAUUCCUCCUUCUUCUAGCUCUUAAGGUGCGUUACCCAGACAGGAUAACUUUGAUUCGGGGAAAUCACGAGUCCCGGCAAAUUACCCAGGUCUAUGGUUUUUAUGAUGAGUGCCUCAGAAAAUAUGGCUCUGUCACAGUCUGGAGAUACUGCACUGAGAUUUUUGACUACUUGUCCCUCUCGGCAAUCAUCGAUGGCAAGAUAUUUUGUGUGCAUGGUGGCUUAUCACCAUCCAUCCAGACACUUGAUCAAAUCCGGACCAUUGACAGAAAACAGGAAGUUCCUCAUGAUGGGCCCAUGUGUGACCUCCUUUGGUCAGACCCAGAAGACACUACCGGAUGGGGUGUGAGUCCCCGAGGUGCUGGCUACCUGUUUGGUAGCGAUGUCGUGGCCCAGUUCAAUGCCGCUAAUGACAUUCACAUGAUUUGCCGAGCGCAUCAGCUGGUCAUGGAGGGCUAUAAGUGGCACUUCAACGAAACAGUGCUCACUGUGUGGUCAGCACCAAACUACUGCUACAGAUGUGGUAACGUGGCUGCCAUUUUGGAGCUGGAUGAACAUUUACAACGAGAGUUCAUCAUAUUUGAAGCCGCACCACAGGAAACAAGAGGCAUUCCAUCAAAGAAGCCAGUUGCAGACUAUUUCCUGUGAAGUCUUGUGAAUUGAUUCCACCAAUUCAUAAUUUAGAACUCUGUGCAGUUUGUUUGAGAAGCCGCAGAGCGCCGGCAAUGUCAAAACCAUCAGAUCAUGUAUCUUCUCUUUCUCUCUCUGUAAAUUCAAUUCCACUCGUGUAUGUUUAUUUUUAGAUGGCAUGUAGGAGCAUUUUUGUUUAGUUUUUUUUCAGUAAUCUCACAUAGAUUUCACAAUUUAAUAAUACGUUGUUUGGCACGCUGUCCACAGUGAGGCACUGUGUUCACUGUUUUUUUUUUUUAAUUUUUUUUUUUUAAUCUAAUCUCUGUAGGUUUGUCCAUUUUGAUAUUGUGAAAAUAACGUUUUUGUAUUGGUGUUUUUGCUAAAUAAAAGCCACUUGUACAUAACAAGUUUAAA